CGCAUUUCAUACCCGCCGCUUUCGUAUAAAAAAGCGCUCCCCCUGAGCUAAUUCCAGUUCAAAAUCGAAAUGAACAGAAAUCAACUCACUUCGAUUUUAUUGUGCAUUCUCGUGGGGAGCUCUCUGGCUCAUGAUUAUCAACGAGCCAGACUUUUGUCCCCGAAUGCUAGGUCGAAGCACCUCUCCCCGUUCCAAGAACGAGGGGGCGCCAUAACCGACAAAGAAUGCUCCCUGGAAUGUACCGGCGGCGACGACACCUCCAUCGACAUCGGCCUGGACCUCCAGCUCUGGAUAAACAAAACCACCAACGUGGUGGCCGUCAUCAACGUCGAAGCCAAAGUGGUGCUCAUCAUCGACGUCGAGGCGCACCUGGUGGGCCUCCUCAACGGCACCUCCGGCGGCGGCGUCAUCAUCGACUUGGAAACCCAGAAGGGAGUGUACAUCGAGUCCAGCACCGACGUGCACCUGUGGCUCUGCUCCAAGGUGUCCAUCGAACAAUACCUGGCCAGUUUCGUUUCUCUCAAAGUCAUUUUGGACCUCAACAUCGGCGUGAAGUUCACCGUAGCGUCGGUUUCCAAAGUCAUCCUGGGCGUCGUCGCUAAUUUAAUAGCGAAAUUAUCCAUCAAAUUGGGCCUGCAAAUAAAAUCCGACGUAUCCUUAGGGCUGUCGGUUCUGAUUAAAAUUGGAGUGACCAUCAGCGGCUUGCUCAAAGGCUCCCUCAAGGGUUUCCUGAGUCUCGUCGCAGGAGGCAUUGUUCAUCUCAAAGGCGACAUCAUUUGGUUCACCAACGUCCUCAAGGGUAUCGCUUUACUAGUAGGCGGAAUCGCUGGAGGUAUAGGCGCUCUAAUCGAGGCCAAAGUCAAGUUCGAUUUGGCCGUCCUCUUCGGCUGCGCCAACGGCAUCGAGCUCCUGAUCAAUUUCUUCCUGGCCCUCUCCGGCAAAAUCAACCUGGCCUUGCUGGCGGGACUUCUGAACUCCGCCGAGACCUUCCUGGCUCUCGUCGUGCAACUGGGAGGCGGCGUGGCCUACGGCGUCACCGGCGUGAUCAGAGUGGCCGCCGAACUGAUCGCUCUGAUCCAAGGCAAGAUUAAAAUCGACGUGUUCCUCGCCACCCUGGUGGAGUUCUCCGCGUCCAAAAAAGCCGGCGUGGAAAUCGACAUCGACGUGUACAUCGGCGCUUUGAUCCAAGUGUGCCAAGUCACCAACAUCAGCGGCGAAGUAAAAUUAGCGGCCUUCAUCAAGCUGCUGACGCAGCUCAAGGAGCACUCGUUGAUCGUGGCCGGCGCCAACAUCUCCGCCAUCAUCGUCGUUCUAGCGGGCGCGGCCAAAAUCGGCCUGGGUCUAGCCGUGUCCGUUCUGAUCGCCAUCGGUACUUCAGUGGCCGUGGCUAUUUCCAUACCAGCUCUGCUGCUGUGCCUCAUCGGCCAGCUCACGUCGGCCGCCGGUAUACUUUUGCUCAAAGGACUCGGCAUCGCCAUCAACGUGUCGUUGGAGGGAAACAUCAUAGUGAACCUGCUCCAGGGCUUCAACAUCUCCAGCGUUCUGAAAUUCGUGCUCGGCGGAUUCCAGAUCACCAGCAUCCUCAGCGCCGUGCCCGGUCUCAAGGAGAUAUUCGUCGCUUUGAGCGCCGCCGUCAAGGGUUCCAGCGAUGGUAAACUCGACAUCGCUGUACUUCUCAAAUCCAGCGCUGCUGCAUCUAUUGUGGUAUCGUUAACGGGCGUCAUCAAAGGCAUUUUGAAUUUGCCCGGAGGCACUAAAUUGGACACGACCUCUCACAGCGACCUCGAAUGGGGCGGUGGCAUUUCUAUUGGCAUAGGAAUUGGCGGAUCCGCUAGCAGCGGAGGUUCUGCAGGAUCAAGUGGUUCAGGAAGUGGUUCUGGAAGUGGUUCUGGAAGCGGUUCUGGAAGCGGUUCUGGAAGUGGCUCUGGAAGUGGUUCAGGAAGCGGCUCAGGAAGUGGUUCAGGAAGCGGUUCAGGAAGAAUUUCCAUAGGCGGUGGCACUUCAGGAGGUGGCUCAACUGGAGGUUCAGGAGGUGGCUCAACUGGAGGUUCAGGUGGUGGCUCAGCUGGAGGUUCAACUGGAGGUUCAGGAGGUGGCUCAGCUGGAGGUUCAACUGGAGGUUCAGGAGGUGGCUCAGCUGGAGGUUCAACUGGAGGUUCAGGAGGUGGCUCAGCUGGAGGUUCAGGAGGCGGUUCGACAGGAUCGGGCGGCUCGGGAGGAAUAUCCAUCGGUGGUGGCAGUUCCGGAACCGGAACUGGAGGAAUCAAUUGGGGCUGGGGCAGUUCUGGUAACGGUUCAUCUUCAGGAAGCGGCUCGACCGGAGGCUCAGGAGGUGGUUCAGCUGGAGCCGGUACGGGUAGUUCCGGAACCGGAACCGGAGGCAUCAAUUGGGGCUGGGGCAGUUCUGGUAACGGUUCAUCUGGAGGUUCAGGAAGUGGUUCAGCUGGAGCAGGUAGCGGUAGUACCGGAGGCGGCUCUGGAGGAAUUUCCAUAGGCGGUGGCAGUUCAGGAGGUGGCUCAGCUGGAGGUUCAGGAAGUGGCUCAGCUGGAGGCUCAGGAAGUGGCUCAGCUGGAGGUUCAGCUGGAGGCUCAGGCAGUGGUGGUACCGGAAGCGGUGGUUCAGGAUCUAGUGGAAUUUCUCUAGGAGGCGGCAGCUCUGGAGGAUGGGGAGGAUCAAUUGGCGGCUCAGGAGGAGGAAAAACAAGCACUGGAGGAAAUGGCGGAGGAUCAUGGUCGUGGGGAACUAGGAAUCAACACGGUCACCAUGAGCAAAAAGAACGCCAUCAUCACACGAAUGAAAAAACCCAGUAAAAUUUUAACAACACCCUCAUCAAUGUCUUCUAUCUUGUAAAUAUUUAAUGUUAAUAAAUAAGUAUGCGUCAAUAUAGUAGAGAAUUUUCUUAUUUGUUGUCAUCGUAAAUCGCCAAUAAUUAAAAAAAAUAAAAUGUUUAUGAAUGAAUUAAUUGCAGAUAGUCAAAUUAGUUGUGAAAUCAAAGUUAUAUAAAAAUGUUUAAUAAUAUUCC